GUCUUGUCAAUCGCACACCCGAUCAAGCCAUUCUUGUCUCGAACGAUCGCCCCCGUCAUGGAAGCUAAAUUUGAGAAAAUCAGGAAGCAGGCCAACUCCAAGUUGGAGAAUCAGAAAUUGUAUGCUCAGACUCUUCUCGCCAUUGAGGAGACGAUCCGAGAGCAGAAUGUCGAACUUACACCGACCGCUUAUUUUGGCGCCAUGAUUACCACACUUCAAGCUACCGAUGUCUCGAGUGAAUUAACUGGUGCACUCUUGUAUCUUCUCGAUGAAGUGUUCCCUCAGUUGCCGCAUUCCGUGCUUCGAUCCAAAUUCGGUACUGUCAUGCCUUUGUUGGAAAAUGCAUAUGAGCAACACAAGGCAGAACAACCUGUGGUGCGUUCGGUGAUUGGUUGCAUACAAGAGCUUCUUAUCGCUCAAGAUGGUGCAGCCUGGAGUAUGCCGGUCGUUAAGAAAAUAUAUCAGCUUUUGCUCAUUUUGAGCGCAGAUGCUUCUCCCAAGGCUCGUAAGAGAGCUCAGGAUGCUGUUCGAUCCAUCUUAUCGAGACCUCCUCCACCUACCAUCGUUCAUCCUGCCGCCGUCAUGUCGGCCGAAUUCAUUCUUCGCGUUCUUCACGAAACGACCAAAUCCAACCAGCAUGCGGCUCAACAGAUUUUGGCUUUAUUGCAAUCGAUUGUCCCCUACUGGCCUCCCAGUCAAUUUGUCUCUCUUUGCCAAGCUCUCUUACAGUUGCCCAAGUUCAACAAUAUCUUCCUGACCAAGGGCGCCUUUGACGUCUUUGAAUCCCUUUUCGAUGCACAGGAAACCGACAUUGAUGAUGAGAAAUUCGCCAGUCUGCUCCAGGCUAUUUGCGAAUUGAAACCUGCUGCCAUUGAUGAGCGAUUACUGCCUGCAUGGUUGUUGAUUAUCGGAAAAGCAUAUCCUGUCUAUGCAAAGAUGAACCCAGCUCAGUGUGCCGAAGAUGCAAUUACCAUUUUCACCGUGAUUUUCAACGAUUUCCAAACCGAAUCGCGCUGUUAUCGUCAGAUGGCCAAUUGUCUUAGUGUGCUCGUGGAGUAUUGUCUGACGGACGAUAUGAUUGAGGAAGCACGAUCUGGAAAGGAAAAUGGUUUGUCGCAGAUCAUUUCCAUCGCUGAAUUGGGCUUGGGCGUCCAUUUCCAACAAGCAUGGGCUCACGUUAUGGUGGUUCAACAAGCCUUGUUCCGACGUCUUCGCCGCGCCUCUUCUCCUUUGAUGAACGGUUGUCUCGCUUUGUUGGGUGAAUUCCGACUUUCUCCUGCCGAAGCAUACAAAGAGCAAUUGGAUAAGACGCUUGGUGCUGCUAUUGCUACGAUGGGCCCUGAACAAUUUUUAUCUGUCCUUCCUCUCAACUUGGAAGCGACCAAUGGCUCUUCGGGUGUCGGUCGUGCCUUCUUGCUUCCCUUGUUAAAAUCAUACACCACCAAUACCUCUUUAAGCUAUUUCACCAACGUCUUGAUGCCCUUGGCGGAUCGUUUGACGGCUAAAGCUGAAGAAGCAACACAGAAGGAACUGGCUCUUCAGGCCAAGGUGUACGAAACGCUCGUCAAUCAAAUUUGGAGUUUAGCUCCCGGUUUUUGCGAUCUCCCUUACGACCUUCGCGCCGCUUUCAACCACGAAGUGGCGGAACGGUUCAGUUCGCUUUUGUACUCCCAACCCGAUCUUCGUCCCACCAUUACUCAAGCCCUUCGAUUACUCGUCGAGAAGAACCAGUCCCUGUUAAAAUCAUCCGCAACCGAUGCCGAUCUUCAAAAAGCUUACAACCUCACCAAGGCCGAAUGUUCCGAAAAUCUUGAGCAUAUGAGUUCCUUUGCGGUCAACUAUCUUGCUGUGUUCUUCAACGUGUACAGCCAGAUUGCUCCCAUGUUCCGUGGUUUCUUGGCCGAGACCAUUAAAUGCUAUUUAACCGUGACAACGCCCCAGGAUAUCAAUGCGACGUUCAAGAAGGUACUUGGUCUGUUAUCUCAGGCUUUGGAAACAGGUGCCGAUAACGCUGGUGCUGCUGCUGCCAACGACCCAUCGAUGCCGCCUCCCAUGUCACAUACCAUGUUGGAUCUUGCCAUUGUUAUGAUUCCCUUUUUGGAUGCUGAAUCGGCCGGUUUGUUGUACAAUGGCACCGCCAGCAUGUUACUUACCAAGGAAGACGAACCCGCUCUUCAGAAGAAGGGUUACAAGGUGCUGAACCAUUUACUCGACACAGAAACAGGUCGUCAGGUCGUGUCUGGCCAUCUCGAUGAACUGCAAGACAAGUUACUGGAAGCAACCGCCUCUUGUACGAUGUCCGCGCGUAAAGAUCGUGUCAAGACCUUACUGGAAGUGGUUCGCUUGCUUCCGUCCUCGGAUCUUCACUUUAUCCCAGCUAUUCUUUCCGAGGCCGUCAUCUGCUCCAAGGAUCAAAGUGAAAAGACUCGCGAUUUUGCUUUCGGCUUGCUCGUUGAAAUGGGUCGCAAGAUGAAGGCCGGUGGUAUUGUCAAGAACAGCCGUUUGGAAGGCAUGGAUGAAUCCGUACCUGAUGCUGUUGCUAAUAUCAGCGAAUUCUUCACCAUGGUGACGGCUGGUUUGGCCGGUACCACAGCGCAUAUGAUCAGUGCCACCAUUACUGCUCUUUCUCGCAUCUUUUUCGAGUUCAAAGACGACAUUUAUACCGAUUUGGCUUUGGAGUUGUUGCAAACGAUCAAUGUGUUUGUAGCAUCCAACAACCGAGAGAUCGUCAAGUCUGCUCUGGGAUAUGUCAAAGUGUGCAUUGUCGUGCUCGAAAACAAUGUGAUUGAAAUGCAACUGAAAGAAAUCAUUGAAAAUCUGUUGAAAUGCAGCCAUCAACACCGCAGUCAUUUCAAGCUCAAGAUUCGUCACAUUUUUGAACGUUUGAUCCGUCGCUUCUCCUAUGAAUUCAUUGCACACGUGAUUCCUGAGGAAGACAAGAAACUGAUUGCCAAUAUUCAGAAGCGCCGUCUUCGAGCGAAACGCAACAAGUCGGGUCUCGGCGACAGUGACAUGGAAGACGAUGAGGCCGUGGCGAACCGUGAAUCAGCCAAGAAACUGUCCGGUAUGAACGAUGCUUAUGAAGAAGUGCUGUACGGCAGCGAAAGCGAAUUGGAAAUGUCGGACGAUGAAGAGAUGGGUGGUGCUGCCUCAGCGAAUGCGGGCGGCAAGAAGAACAAAAAGAAACAAGCGGGUGCCCAAACUUUCAUUCAUGAAAGCGAAGAAAGUGGCCCCAUUGAUUUCUUGGAUAAAUCAGCAUUAUCACGCAUUUCGUCCGCCAAACCCACUCAGCGUAAAGUGAAGAACCUUGCCAAGGCAGCUGCUUUCGAUGAGGAUGAAGAAGGUCGUCUGGUGAUCCAGGGCUCGGACGAUGAAGCCGAUAUGGAAGAAGCCGUUGUUGAAGAAGAUUAUUACAUGCAAGCACAAAAGAGCGCCGAUGGUUUUGUUCGUGAUCGACGCAACCGCAUCAAAUUCAAGAAGGGUAAAGGUGAAGAUGAUGAUAUGGGUGAAGACGAUGCCAUGGAUGUCGACGGAGCCGCCGAAAAACGACGAAAGAAGAAGCAAGCUCAGCGAUUCGAAAAAGUUGGCAAAGAAUACCGUUCACAGAAAGCAAGCGGUGAUGUUAAGCGCAAGGGUCAAGCGGAUCCCUAUGCAUACAUGCCUCUUAACAAAGUCAUCAAGAAAAAGAACCGUAAAGAUGGUCCUCGGGUCACUUUUACCGGCAGAAUCAGAAAAUAGACAUUUCUCCCAUAGCAUUUUUAUGACAGUUCAUGUAAAGAUAAUAGAAGCAGACACGAUAACGAAUGCUGAAGCAAAAAUAACUCAAAAAAUUUAUACAAUACAAAUGCAUGUUUUAUUACUUAUUCUCA